UAGCAAUUGCUCUCUCUCUCUCUCUCUCUCUCUCUCUCUCUCUCUCUCACCAAAAACAACUGUAAAUAGCAAUUGCUCUCUCUCUCUCUCUCUCUCUCUCACACACACACACACACACACACACAACUCUGAACUCUGCCUUGCUAAUUGGAAAUCUGUCUUGGUUAUGGCGCCGCAGAGGGUAGUCAUUAAAGUAGCCCUGAAGGGAAAAAAGUCUCGUUCCAAAAUCUGGGAGAUUGUUGGUAAAGUUCCAGGGGUAGAAUCAGUAGCUUUUGAAGGGCUGGACAAGAACCACGUGGUGGUGAUCGGAAAUGGGAUUGACUCGGUGGAGCUGACGAUGUUGCUGAGAAAGAAAGUGGGAUCUUCCGAGCUAGUGAGCGUGGGUCCGAUGGAGUACGGCGGCGAGGGCAACAUGCAGAUUCCAAUAUGGGGGUAUUCCUCUUACCAAAACCCAUAUGGAUAUGGACCGGGCCAUGGGUAUGAAGUGAGUAACCAAAACCUGUAUGCGUAUGCUAGGAACCAAAACCCGUAUGCAUAUGGAUCGGUUCAUGGUUAUGAGACUGGGAACCCUUAUGCAGAUGGACCGGGUCAUGGGUAUGAGAGAAGGAACGAGAACUCAGGCGGUUGUUCCAUCAUGUGAAUUUAAAAAUUAUUAUACACGAAAAAAAUUCAUGUGAAUUCUCUCUAAAGUUGGAUUGAAUGGAAGAAUUUGGAUUUGUAAAGUAGUUUUGUGUAAUUAGGCGGGCUAGUUUUGUUGAUCAAGAUUCAUGCAUUUCAUUUGAAAGUCAUGAGUUUGAAUCUCUUCACCUGCAUGUACGUGUCAUUUCCCUUGUAUUUGUUGGGAUUUGUUUUCUUCUUAAUGGGGCUUUUAGUUGAUUGGAUGUAUAUUAUAGACUUGAUUUCAAUAUGGUGUAAUUAUGAUACUUGUAUUUUUUCUACCAGUUGUAAUCAAGUAGUUUUGUGCA